CUCUGCCUCUGCUCCUCCCAUCCAUCCACUCAACCUCGCCAUCUGUGGCAUCACGCUCGUUCCAUUUCAAACUUCUUCCUCCUCUCUGUUUUCUCUCAACUCUGCUCUCAAACACACCUCACCAUCGUUUCUGUGCAACAUCAGCAUCAACAUCAACAACACGGCCGAGCUCACUCCCCCAGUUGAUUGAAAUCCUCCCAUCCCCUAUUUCUUAGCCACCUCCUUUCACGACCACCACCAUCACUUGAUAGGUUCUAAUAUACCGACUACGAUUUCAAUCAGGUGGAACCUGCCAUAAUACGAUACAACUUUGCUGUUUUCUAUCGUCUUCGAUUAUUUGUGCGCAAGAGACAUCGCAUCUCGUCCCGGUCAGUCAUUUUGGGAAACAUAGAAGGGGCACGACACAUUUCAACGGGUAGAGGAGCAUCAACUAGACAUAUCAAGGGCUUCUCGGGUUCGCACUUUGGAGGGCCAUCAGGGCGAGAUAUUUCACAUCAGGCAUCAUGUUACGGCAAUUUUCCGCAUUUUCCUUACUACUACUUGGAUCCCUGCCGGCCAGAGUCCUAGCUGGUCAAGUGCUCGAGACAACAAGCUUCAGUACUUGUGACUCGGACGACUCGAUCAAGGUUCAUAAAGUUGAUAUCAAAUAUAAUGCAGACGACAAGACGGUGACGUUUGAUGUCGCUGGUUCGAGUACAAGAGCUCAGAAUGUGACGGUAAGGCCUCAAGACCGACAUCUUCUAACGCUCCCCAAAAGCUAAUCAAGUACCCACCAGGCAGCUUUGAAAGUCACAGCAUACGGCACAGAGGUAUACCAAAAGUCCUUUGAUCCUUGCGAUGAAGGCACGUUCGUGACUCAACUAUGUCCUGGUAUGUAUUUUGGGGAGAUAUCCGUCUCGACUUUUUCUGACAACGUCAAUAGUGCCCGUAGGGGACUUUGCGGCACAAGGAACACAGACCAUUCCCGAAAAUUACGCUUCGAUGAUUCCAUCGAUCGCAUUUACCGUUCCAGAUAUUGCAGCUCAGGCAAUGCUGGAGUUGAAGGCAAAAGAGUCGCAAAAGAAUGUGGCUUGUUUAACAUCAGUGGUGUCAAACGGCAAGACAGUUAAUGUUCCAGCAGUCUCUUACGUUGCAGCAGGUAUUGCAGGAGCGGCACUUGCACUUACUGGUGCUUCAGCUAUUGGAGCUGCUGCAGCUGGUGCUCACGCUGGAGGCGCCGGAACAGCCAGUCCAUCGUUCACAGAGGUCUUCACCGUAUUUCAAGGAUUCGCCAUGAACGGAAUGAUGUCCGUAAAUUACCCACCAGUAUACAGAAGUUUCUCCAAGAAUUUCGCCUUCAGUACUGGCAUCAUUCCUUGGAGAUCUUUCCAAACCUCUAUCGACAGUUUCCGAAAUGUCACGGGUGGAAACUUGACCCAAGACAGUGUUGCUUUCCUCGAUAACGCAACCUUGGUCUAUUCUGGAUCUUCCAAUUCUUCGACCCCUAAGCGAUCCCUGGACCUGAUGAGCUUGAUGGCCAGAGACUCACUUUCCACGUCUACAAACGCCAGUACCGACGCCACAUCCACAACUUCUACCAUUGAAGCCCAGGUAUCUGGGAUCAAGGCAUACGCCAACCAACUGAGUGUUCCUUCCGCCAACACUUUCAUGACCGUUCUUCUCAUCGUUGCUUGUGUUAUUGCCGCAAUCGCUGUCGGUAUCUUGUUUUUCAAGGUUAUUCUCGAAACCUGGGCUCUCUUCGGAUCCUUCCCUAAAGGUCUGACUGGAUUCCGAAAGCAUUACUGGGGUUCUAUGGGUCGUGCUAUCGUUCAAUUGAUUAUGCUUCUCUAUAGUGUGUGGACUCUUUACUGCAUAUUCCAAUUUACUCACGGAGAUUCUUGGGCCGCUAAACUACUUGCUGGUAUUACUCUUGCAUUAUUCACUGCCGUCCUCGGAUUUUACACCUUCAAGAUCUGGCACGCUGCACGAAAGCUCAAGCAACAUGAAGGAGAUGUAUCUGGUUUAUACGAGAAGAAGGAAACCUGGAUGAAGUACAGUAUCUUUUACGAUAGUUACAAGAAGGACUUCUGGUGGGUAUUUAUCCCCUUCCUCCUCUACGCGUUCGCCAAGGGAUGUGUUCUUGCAGCAGCAGAUGGACACGGACUCACCCAAACCGUUGCACAAUUGAUCAUUGAGAUACUCAUGCUUGGAUUAUUGAUCUGGAACCGGCCAUUCGAGAGAAGAUCUGGUAACAUCAUCAACAUCUUCAUUCAAGUUGUACGGGCACUCUCGGUUAUCUGCAUUCUUGUGUUUGUGGAGGAAUUAGGUAUCGGUGCAACCACUCAAACCGUCACUGGAAUGGUUCUUGUUGCUGUCCAAUCUACUCUCACCGGAGUUCUGGCCAUUCUCAUUGUUGCCAAUGCUCUGAUCCUGUGCUUCAAGGAGAACCCUCACCGUAAGAGACGUAAGGAAGCAGGUAAGAACAAUCUAUCAAUACUUUCGCAUCAUUCACUAACAUGGUAUAGAAAAAAUGAACCGUGAUCUUGACAACCUCACUCCACUCGAUGCCCGCAACAGCUUAUUGAUGGAUCCAAACGCACGAUCUCACUACGAGAAUGACGUCAAGCACCCUCUUGUCAAGGACAACAGCGCCGAUAGUUUCAUGAACGAACCUGCAAACCCAUACAAAGGUGCAACACCACUGCGACCCUUUGCUCAAAACCACCGCCCUUCGACUUCGGACUCGAGCACUCGAGAAAAUUUGGUAUCUGGGGCAGCACCUCUAGGCGGCGCUGAACCACGAAAUCCUACACUACCCGAUUUCUCCAACAACCCCCCACAGCCAUAUGGUGGAUACCGUGGUAUGGCGUACUAAAAAAGCAUGAAAUGUCGAGGCGGUGCCCUUUGUCCAUAUAAUGAUCAACUCUUAUUUCAUGUUUUUUGGGGCGGAAUUUGUUUGCUUUUCGUUCUCGCGCGUUUGUACAACCACGUCCACAUACCCCGGAAGAAUAUCCCAAGGAUAUUCCCAGCUAGCAUGGCCUUUCGAAAUAUUUAGAAUAGUGGAGGGACGGCCCAACCCCUCUUUUGAAUGAAGAUGAAUACGGAGUUUUUAGUAUAUAGAAUUGAAAGGGAGGGGUUGGGUUGUGGGAAGUAGCAGCAUCAUGAUGAAUAUUUUUGGGCGUGAAAUCUUUUUCCUUGAGUCGAAUUUUUUCAUUGAGCGGUUGUUCUACUUAUUUUCCUUGUGUUGUCUUUCUUCAAACUUUUUCUUAUGUUUUUAGGGCAGGGCUUGUUGGAGGAUGAGGGAAGGACGGAGAGAGAUAAGA